GCGCCUAACCACCCAAGUCCCGACACUCGCGUCAGUUGCCUCGUAGUUCUCAGCGUGGCCGCAUUGACUUACAUCCUCUGGGGCCUUUGUGUGACUGCCGUGGCGGACGCUUGUGCUGAUCCGAGGGAGUAGUGCACGUGUCUAAGGCUUAAUUAUGACUAGAAGUUGUUUUUUUUCCAUACAUAACCUUGUGUGUGCGUGGUGACUGAGGUGUGGUACUGUGGUGGUGAUGGCAUGGUGAAAAGAGCUGGGAUGUGUGGUGAGAUGCACUAAGAGUUUACGAAAGAGUGGACACAGUGACAAAGAAGACACUUUUUUUGUGUUUUAUUUGGUUAUUCUUGUGUUUACUUCCCUCCCACGCCGCAAGAUCAGUUUUGCAAGAGAGGAAUGAACAGUGGAAUGACAAAGAGUACAAUUUUUGCUCUUCCUUUCGUUAUUCCUGUAUUUGCUCCCCUCACGCGCCGCAAGAUGGUCACAGCAGGUGGUGUAGCUGUCAUGCUGUCGCUAUGCUGAAGCACGCCAGCCCCCUGAGGUCCUCUCCCGGCCAGCCCCGCACCACCCCGGACGAGGACGCUCCCGCAGAGGACCACCUCAACCUACGGGACUCGUACAGUGAGCGCGGCGUGGACUGCGACAGCCUGGUGGUGCCUGCGUCCUUCGCGCAGGCUGAGAAGGCGGCAGGCUACCAGGUGGGGACGUGGUCAGGGGUGUCGCAGGCCAGUGUGCGCCGCGGCCUGUCCUUCAGCUCCCGCCGCGCCCCUGACGCCCUCUCCUUCAGGUCAGUACGCAGCGAGGGACAGCCCGCCUCGCCAGACUCAGGGCCGCCCGCCAGCUCCAGCAUGACCAACGUGGCGGCUCUUAGGAGGGAGGAGGUGGCGCGGGGGUGCGAGAGCGGCAUGCAGUACCUUAAGGGCGACAUGCCGAGCCUCAAGAGUCUGCUGCGGCUGCCUGGGGUGCGAGGUCACGCCAAGAUCAUCGAGGUCACCAAGGACGGGGUGCUGCUCUCCCCAGAGACUCUGAGCCUCAACUCCGCUGACAGCUUCUUCUCGGCCCACAGCGGCAGGACCUCCUCCAGGAGCUGGUCCUCCAACACUUCCUCCAACUCCAGCGGCACCAACGCCUCCUCGGGAUCUAACUCAUCCACCUCGGAGCCCGCCUCGACCACCAUCCGCGUUUUCCGCCAAAUGCCUUCGUUCGGACAUCGAGUACAAGACCAUCUCAGUGAAACACACGGGGCGUCAUGCAGGGAGGUCGUCGCACUCCUUCUCUCCAAGUACCGCAUGAGGCAUCGAGACCCGAACCUUUUCUAUCUCACCAUGGAGGUUACCGUGCGCAGGUGCUCGGGUGCGCCAGUAAGGUCCCUGUUGGUGUUGGAGGACCGGCGCGAGGCCAGCCCAGUUAGCUCUAUGCAGGCCACCCGGGCGGACUCACGCUUCGCCCUCCAGAUGCGCCGCGGGGGAGGUGGUCAAGAUUCACGAUACUGUCCCUCAUGCCUGGAGUGAGUAUUAGGGAGGCAGAGUAAUGUGCUCUUCUUGAUGGUGUUUCUUUAUUUUCUUGUAUUUCUCUUUCUUCUCCGUCUUUCUCUUUCUUUUUUACGUCUUCCUUCUUCUU